AUAUGCAAAUCCUGCAUUUUCUUUGACAGUAAUUACUGCCUGCGGAUAUCCCAUAAUCCCUUUCCCUGUCUCAUUAACAACACAGUGACUAGGGUAAUAGUCUUCAUUUCUUUCUUUCUCGCUUUCUUUUUCUUUCGGUUUUCAUGAUCAAUCACAAUCAUUUGCUUGCUUAGCUUUUAAUUCAUAAAAGAAUUAAAUUCCAUACAAAAAAAUAUUGGGAGAGAUGUCCGAGUAUAUUGACCGCCCCCCUUCAAUCUAUCUCCGUUCCUCCAUCGGGGCUUCGUGAAAGCCACUUGUGCGUUUGGCUGUUGAUGAUGAUGAUAUCUAAUGUUCUGGUGGGAAGGGGGACAGUUGAAUAUGCUAAGCAUGGAAUGACUCCAUUGAAACUUGUAUAUCAUAAACAAAUUUAAGGGGGAAUGUCAAAUCUCAAAUGGUAUGGAGUGUUUUGACAUCUGGAAAAGAUCAUGGUUCAGUGCUUAGACGGAUUGAAGCAUUUCUGUGCUGCUGUAGCAACUUGCUGUGAUACUGAUAUAUACAAGCAACCCAAGGGCCUAGAAGAUCCUGAAGUUCUUGCAAGGGAAACAGUUUUCAGUGUAAGUGAAAUAGAAGCACUAUAUGAACUAUUCAAGAAGAUCAGCAGUGCAGUAAUUGAUGAUGGGCUGAUCAACAAGGAAGAAUUUCAACUGGCAUUGUUCAAGACAAACAAAAAGGAAAGCUUAUUUGCGGAUAGGGUAUUUGACUUGUUUGAUACCAAGCACAAUGGGAUUUUGGAUUUUGAAGAGUUUGCCCGUGCUCUCUCUGUCUUUCACCCCAGUGCACCAAUUGAGGAUAAGAUUGAGUUUUCCUUCCAACUGUACGAUCUCAAACAUCAAGGGUACAUUGAAAGACAGGAGGUGAAGCAAAUGGUAGUAGCAACACUUGCUGAAUCUGGCAUGAAUCUUUCAGAUGACGUGAUAGAGAGUAUCAUUGACAAGACCUUUGAGGAAGCUGAUACUAAGCAUGAUGGGAAGAUUGACAAGGAAGAAUGGCGGAACCUUGUUUUGCGUCAUCCAUCCCUUUUGAAGAAUAUGACCCUUCAAUAUCUCAAAGAUAUCACGACCACAUUCCCCAGUUUUGUGUUUCACUCACAAGUUGAUGAUACCUGAGUUGAUGAUACCUGAGUCGACGAUUCGCGUCAAGUGUAAUAUGCUAUGAAAUUGAGACUUCUCCAUGAGCAAAGGUCCAUAGUUAGAACUAUGUUUCCUUAUUUGAGUAGUGGAGGGCUUCCUUUUUUGCAUAGACUAAAAUGGGUUCCAGAUGUUUGUGGCAUAUGGAGAAAAGCCAACCCCAACAUAGUUUGGGAUAAAGGCUUUGAUAACAAUGAUGAUGGUAAUGAAUGACAUGACAUAUGAGGAUUCUGGUAUUUAAUUGUACAUUCCUUGGAAUUCUUGGGAUUUCAGUGUCACCUGAUUAGCUUUCCAGAA